AUGUUUAAAAAUAAUAAUAGUUUAUUGUUAUUAAUAUUGACAAUAUCUGUUAUUUUAACAACCUUUAGUGUAAAAGCUGAUAGACCAAAAGAGCUUGCAAGAAACUAUGAUCAAGUGUGGCCUGCAGUCCCACCAGGAGGAGGUGGUCCCUAUGCCUAUCUAGAAAUCUAUAUACAUGACACUGUUAUCUUUAGGCCAACUAGUUCAGAGGCCAUCGUCAUCUAUUCCACACAAACCCCAUCGGGUACCAACCCAAUCGCUGGAAAUGCAUCUGCCAACUCUCCAUUCUACUUUACUUUUAAUAUUGGUGGAGAAUACAUAUUUUCAAGUAAUAGUACCCAUGUUCCAUUCAAGUUAUUCGUUGUAUCACAAUAG